AUGGCCCACUCAACGCGGUUCGUAGUUCUCGCCGCGCUCCUCGCGGCGCUCCUCCUCGCGCUGCUCCCCGCGCAUGCGGCGCCCUCCGCCGUCGAUCUCUGCGCGCUCACGGGGCUUCCGCCAAAGAAGCCCGUCGUUCCGCCGCACCGGUGCCCCGCGGCGGCGGAGCUGUCGUGCUGCGCAGACUGCGCGGACACGAAUCGCGCGCUGCAGCUCGUGUCGUCCACCCUCGACGAUGUCGCCCAACGGAUCGACCCCAAUAUCCCCGGCAGCGGCAUAAUAGAUCUCAGCCCCAUGGUACGCUUCCGAACAGCCCCACGGGUUGCUACCCCCCCUCCCUCUCCCCGCCCUCCUCCCCAUCUCCCCCCCUCCCCUCCAAUCUCCUCCCCCCUCCCUCGCUCCACACUCCCCCCCCAAUUCUUCCCAUUCCUCUGCGUUGCGCCAGAUCAUUUUGCCCAUACUUGCCUUGGCCCCUCUUUCCUUCUUCCCCGGGUUCCUUCUCCCCUUGCAGUCCAGGGCGUUGCAAUGAACCAGCUCAUCCCCGACGUUCAAAACAUGAUGGUCUAUGUGACCAACUACGUUUCGAAUUUCAUGGGCAUUCAGAACUUCAACAUCGCCAUCGGCACUAGACCAUGCCUCACGGGAGCCGCAGCCGCGCCAACCUACCCCCCCUGCUGCGACCCCCUCGCCGUCGACCCCAAGUGCCCCGCGGGGGCUGUUGACAAAGUCGCGUACGCGCCCUACAUCAACCGCACCAUCGAUUCUGCCACCUGCAUGGCGGGUUCUCCCCAGUCCGCCCCUGCGCCGUCCCCUCCUCGGGAUGCUCCUGCUCCCCCUGCGCCUGGAGCUGCUGCGCCUGCACCCUCUCUGAUUUCUCCGGGUGCGCCGGCUCCCUCUGUGAUUGCUCCUGGUGCGCCGGCUCCUGCUCCGCCUGCACCCACUGCAGGCGUGCCAGGAGCGCCCAGUCCGCCUGCCUCGCCUAGCCCCACGCCUGCGAGCCCCUCGUUCCCUCCCCCUCCGCCCAAGGCUGGGGCUGGUUCUGCUGCUUCGGUGAUGUCGGUGGUGGCUCUGGCGGUUGGCGCUGCAGUGUUUGUGUAA